CCCGGACUGAACAGACACCCUCCUAUUUCCAGCUUUCAAGAUUUGCAAACCAUCUAUUACAUGGACUUCUGAGAGAUUCUAACUUCAGCCAAUGGGUGUUCUUGUGCACGCUGUAUGUGGCGCCCUGAUUCUUCUUUUAAGUGAAGGGUGUUCACCUUUGUCUGGCUCUGAAGAGCCCCUCAGUGCUGUGUACCACGGUGAUGUUGUGCUCAACUGCAGCUUCACUCUCAGCGGAGGUCAGAAGGAUCUGUGUCUGAAGUGGUUGAAGGAGCGAGAUGGGCAGAUAGAGACUGUGCUGUCUUACUGCGGUGGCAGGGUGCAGAAGAACGAGGCCAGCGCCAUCUACAGGGAUCGAGCCUAUCUCUACCCAGAUGAGCUGAUCUGGGGCAGUGCCCCCUUGUGGCUUCACGGCAUUGAGAUCUCAGAUCAGGGCAAAUAUACCUGCUAUGUGGAGGACAGAAAAUUCGGGGACUCCGAACAGAUGACAGUUACUGUGGAGGUGGAAGGUGAAAAUCAAAGAGAAACACAAAGCAUCCUUCCUUUUGUUAUUGGAGUGGCAGUGCUUUUGGUUAUUGCACUAAUAGGAGUCCUCGGUGUGCUGAAACCAGUUAACCUUCAGAUCGGAACCUCAGAGGUGUCAUCAGAGUCGAUUACUGCAGGUCAGAGAACACAAGAGACUGAACUCCAGGUAGACAUGAAGAAAAGUCAGGACAGCAACAUCACUCACUCGACACAAGAACCCCUCUUCACAGAGGACACUGAAGACAUGUCCAGCUCAGAGAGAACACAAGAGACUGAACUCCAGGUAGACAUGAAGAAAAGUCAGGACAGCCACAUCACUCAUUCGACACAAGAACCCCUCUUCACAGAGGACACUGAAGACAUGUCCAGCUCAGAGAGAACACAAGAGACUGAACUCCAGGUAGACAUGAAGAAAACUCAGGACAGCCACAUCACUCACUCGACACAAGAACCCCUCUUCACAGAGGACACUGAAGACAUGUCCACUUCGGAGAGAACACAAGAGAUUGAACUCCAGGUAGAAAUGAAGAAAACUCAGGACAGCCACAUCACUCACUCGACACAAGAACCCCUCUUCACAGAGGACACUGAAGACAUGUCCAGCUCAGAGAGAACACAAGAGACUGAACUCCAGGUAGACAUGAAGAAAACUCAGGACAGCCACAUCAUUCACUCGACACAAGAACCCCUCUUCACAGAGGACACUGAAGACAUGUCCAGCUCAGAGAGAACACAAGAGACUGAACUCCAGGUAGACAUGAAGAAAACCCAGGACAGCCACAUCACUCACUCGACACAAGAACCCCUCUUCACAGAGGACACUGAAGACAUGUCCAGUUCGGAGAGAACACAAGAGACUGAACUCCAGGUGGAAAUGAAGAAAACUCAGGACAGCCACAUCACUCACUCGACACAAGAACCCCUCUUCACAGAGGACACUGAAGACAUGUCCACUUCGGAGAGAACACAAGAGAUUGAACUCCAGGUAGAAAUGAAGAAAACUCAGGACAGCCACAUCACUCACUCGACACAAGAACCCCUCUUCACAGAGGACACUGAAGACAUGUCCAGCUCAGAGAGAACACAAGAGACUGAACUCCAGGUAGAAAUGAAGAAAACUCAGGACAGCCACAUCACUCACUCGACACAAGAACCCCUCUUCACAAAGGACACUGAAGACAUGUCCAGCUCAGAAAGAACACAAGAGACUGAACUCCAGGUAGACAUGAAGAAAACUCAGGACAGCCACAUCACUCACUCGACACAAGAACCCCUCUUCACAGAGGACACUGAAGACAUGUCCAGCUCAGAAAGAACACAAGAGACUGAACUCCAGGUAGACAUGAAGAAAAUUCAAGACAGCCACAUCACUCACUCGACACAAGAAACCGUCUUCACAAAGGACACUGAAGACAUGUCCAGCUCAGAGAGAACAGUAGACACUGUGCCCAUCAUCCCAGAUCUUCAAAACCUCCCUGAAGGUCCAGAAGACACUUCACUGCAGGUCAUCUCCAGUCCUCCCUUGAUUGCAGAAGCAUCUACACUUGUUACUACAGUUUCAGUUCACGAUAUUGCUAAGAUUACAGAAGAUGUUCCAUCCACUCCACCAGCUGCUGUGGCCCCCCCUGAACAGAUCAAGAUAAGUUCUGUGAAAACAAAUUCAGUUUCUCUGAGCUGGGGCAAACCUGCAGGUAUGGCAAAGGUCCCCCACUGCUUUAAAAUAACCUACUGUAGCUCAGAUCACCAAGGCAACAUCACAGCAAAGUCAAAUUCCACAGUUGUCACUAAGCUGAAAUCCGGAAGAGAAUACGUCUUCAGAGUCACCACAGUGCUGAAAAAUGGUACCCAGAGCACAUUUGUUUCAACAUCUGCCUGUACAAAUCCAUCCCCUCCUGGAAACCUAAGGAUAGACUCUGUGGAAAUCGACUCUGUUUCUUUGAGCUGGGACAGUCCUGUUGGCAUGAAAGAGAUCCCACACAGGUUUAAAAUAAUCUACAACAGCUAUGAUAAGAGGCACCAAGAAUCCAUCACUGCAGCUUCCAAUUCCACAGUCAUCUCUAAACUGAGACCAGGAACCGAUUACAAAUUCAGAGUCUGCACAGAGCUGGCAAAUAGAACUCUGAGCACGCCUGUUACUACAUCAGUCUGCACAAGACCGUCCCCUCCUGGAGAGGUAAGGAUAGACUCGGUGGAAUUUGACUCUGUUUCUCUGAGCUGGGAUAGACCUGCUGGUUUGGCAGAGAUCCCACACAGCUUUAACAUUACUUACAGCAGCUCUGAUAAGAAGCACAGAGACUCCAUCACAACAAAGUCCAAUUCCACAAUCAUACCUAAGCUGAAGCCUGCAAGAGACUACCUCCUCAGAGUCAGCACAGUGCUGGUGAACAGUACCCAGAGCAACACGGUCUCGACAUCUAUCUGCACAAAACCGGCCCCUCCUGGAAAGAUAAAGAUAGACUCGGUGGGACUUGACUCUGUUUCUCUGAGCUGGGGCAGUCCUGCUGGUAUGAAUGGGAUUCCACACAGCUUUAUCAUCACCUACAGCAGCUCCGAUGAAGGCGGUCGAGGCUCCAGCACAGCCCCAUCCAAUUCCACAGUCAUCACUGAGCUGAAGCCUGGAAGAGAAUACGUCUUCAGAGUCACCACAGCGCUGGAAAACGGUAUUCAGAGCAUGUCUGUUUCAACAACUGGCUGCACGAAAACGCAUCAAGAGGAUUUUCUGUGCAAGCUGGGACUAGAGAAAUACUUGACAAGGAAACUUGCAUUGAGUACUGUCCUUGAGAUUGGUACAGAGAAUAUUACAGAUAAACCGAUUAAGUCACUAUCACAACUUCCUUGGUGCUUUCUGAAAAGUCUAAUGAUGGUAAAUGUAACAGCUCGAAGUACCAAAUGCUGUGUUGCUGAGACAAAGACAGACACAACACUGCAAGACCUUGAUAGUUAUCUUCAACUUUUGAGCAGUAAUGAUGCUCAAGACAGUAAUACUCAUGCAAUCAACCCCCUUGAUCUCAUAACAGCGCUCUUCCUGUGCUCUGACAGCUUCCUACAGCAGGAAAUAAUGUUAAAAAUGUCAAUGUGCCAGUUUGCUGUACCUCUUCUGCUACCUGACUGUAACACCAAUCAGUGUACAUUAAUGCUGUGGGCCAUGCGAGACAUUGUGAAGAAGUUUAGACCACGUUCAUUAGUCGACUCAAAGGGGUUUAUAGAAGAAAGUAUAAUCAGAACUGCCAUGCCAAUGAUCUCUUUUGUCAGACUGGGUGACUGCAGUUUAUCCAAGUCCCAGAUUCUAAAUAAGCUUCUUAGCAACCCACAGCAAUACCAUGAUUUCUUUACCCAUUGUGAUAUGAAAUGUGGUGAUGUUCCAAAGCAAAUUUCUAAUGGUCUAGUUGAAAUAGGUUGGUACCUUCCAUGUGGAAAGACAAACUUGGACAUCUUUCCAGAACCUGUAGCUGUUGCCAACCUUCGUGGAGACAUCAGUUCCUUCCAGGCACAAUUUUCCAUUUUAGGUCUGAUAUCAUCAGCAGUCUUCAUAUUUUUUGACAGUAUUACAGAGAGUGAGUGCAAAUUCUUGACCUCUGUAAAAAACAUUAAAGCCCAAGUGUUUCUGGUUGUGAAUUCUCAGAGUAAAACUUUUCAAAAUGUAACCCCUCUGAAAAACUUGGCUUCAAAGUUAAAAUUAAAUGGAGAUCAUAUCUUAUUAAAGAAUAAGCAGAUCAAUGAUGCAGACUUUGUGACAAAACUGCAGCUAACUAUGAAUGAUAUCAUGAAAAACAGCCCACAGAAAAUGACAAUAGAAGGCAUGUCUGAUGUAGUACAUGAACUGGGGAUUCCUGUAGAUGAAGCCUGCACUGCAUGUCAGAAUGCUAAAAAAAGAGCUGAAGAAAUAACAUCACAAAUCAAUGAUGUUGUUCAGUAUAAAGAGGAUCAGUUGCCAUUGCAAGGGAACCUUUGGAAGGAGCUGGCUAAAAUAGAAAAGGAGGAGUGCAGAUUGCGAAGGGCAGGUGACCAGUCUAUUGAAAAGUACAAGACUAAACUGCAAAAAGAAAAGCAAAAACUGAGACAACAACAAAUCAGUUGUAAUAUUUCUGAAUCAAUGCAGUGUUUCAUUGCUGCCAUAUCCAAUGAAAGCAAAGAAGAACGGACUUACUUUCUAAAGUGGAUGAGGAUGAACUUGGACGUUACAGCAAGAAAAAAACUCUCUGGCCUACGUGAUGAAUACAAAGAAAAGUGUUGCAAGUUCUCAGAGAACAAAGAGAUAAUUGCAGACCUGGAUCGACAAAUAUCAAACAGCUCUUUAGGACUGGAACAUUUCAUGCGUGAGAUGGGGCAGCUUUAUGAAGCAGCGUGCUCACUUCCUGUCAAAGAAGAAUCUCGGCAGCAAUUUCAACACCUUCCCAGUUUGGGGGCUGAUCUGCUGUUAGACGGCUUCCCUCUUGAGCUGGUGGAUGGAGAUGCAUCAAAUAUCCCUGUAAGGUGGGUGACUGAUGUUCUAACUGAGCUCCACAGGAAAGUCCAACACAAGAGCAGGGUGCUGGUGGUAACAGUGUUGGGAGUCCAAAGCACUGGGAAGUCUACACUCCUCAACACAAUGUUUGGGGUUCAGUUUGCAGUUAGCAGUGGCAGAUGCACACGAGGUGCCUUCAUGUUGUUAAUAAAAGUCAAACAGGACCUUAAAAAAGAGUUAAAAUGUGAUUUUAUCUUGGUAAUUGACACUGAAGGUCUAAAAUCUCCAGAACUGGCACAACUUGAAGACAGUUAUGAACAUGACAAUGAACUUGCAACACUGGUGGUAGGAUUGAGUGACACAACUAUAAUAAACAUCGCAAUGGAAAACUCCACAGAAAUGAAGGAUAUCUUACAGAUCGUGGUGCACGCCUUUCUUAGAAUGAAGGAAGUGGGAAAGAAGCCAAAAUGUCACUUUGUGCACCAGAAUGUGGGGGACGUGUCUGCUCAUGACAAAAACGCAAGAGACAGGAAAAUGCUUUUAGAACAGCUGAAUGAGAUGACACAAGCAGCUGCCAGAAUGGAAAAGAAGGAUAUUGACAGAAAAUUCACUGAUAUUAUGGAGUAUGAUCCUGAAAAAAAUAACUUGUACAUUCCAGGUCUGUGGCAUGGCAAUCCACCAAUGGCACCCGUGAACACCGGCUACAGUGAAACAGUCUAUGAGUUCAAGAAGAGCUUGAUUGAGGAUUUAAAAAGCUGCAAUGACCAGAAACCUCCUGCACAAAUUACAGAGUUCUUGACAUGGGUGGAAAGUUUGUGGAAAGCUGUUAAAUAUGAGAAUUUCAUCUUCAGCUUUAGAAAUAGUUUAGUGGCAGAGGCUUACAGUAAUCUGUGUGUUGCAUUUAAUAAAUGGGAAUGGUCCUUCCAAAAGCACAUGUACAACUGGCUGGCAAAAGCUGAGACCAGGAUUUCAAAUACUAAUAACCAGCACACAAACCUUGAUGAGUUUCUCAGAAGAUUAAAAGCCGAGGCCACUACUGAACUGACACUUCAAGAAGAGAAGACACUGGACAAAUUGACAAAGUAUUAUGAAAAUAAGGAUGGGCAUGUUAACCUUGUAGAAAGCUACAGAACAGUCUUUGAGAAGAGCAUUAAAAGUCUUCGGAUUGACAUUGAAAACUCUUUGACAAACAAGUGCACAGCUGCUAUUGGUUUGCAAAAAGGAAUGAAGAAGGUGCGUGAUAUCAAUGGAAAGCAUAAAGCAAUACUAGAGGAAAGAGUAUUGAAACUGCUUGGAGAGUGCAGGCUAAGUAAGAGGCCUCUAUCAGAUGAGCAGCUGAAAGGGGAAUUUGAAAAGAUGUGGAAAGAAACUGUAUCUGCACUGGACUUCAAAGGUAUAGAUAAACGAGACAUUGUAUUAGAUGUUUAUAUCCAAUUGAGAAAACAGUUAAAAAGGCAUGGAGCUGCAGUUAAGAUGGUCUUAAAUGAGACCAGCGAUUUGACUAAAUAUGGAGUGACACAGUUUGAUAUAACUGAGAAGCACUUUGAUCGUGAAUGGUACAGGACACUGACUGACUGUCUGUACAAAACUCACCACAAGGAGGAUGCAAACAUGAUGUCACAAUCCUUAAUAGCAGAGUGCAGGAAGUUCGUAACAGACAAAAAAGGCAGCAAGACUGACUACCAUGAGACGUACACCAGAGAGCUGUUAGAAAUGAUAGAUGUCAAGCUCAAGGACAUUGAGAAGACUAAGACCAAUGCCCAGUUUGAAGUUGAUCUAAAGCUUCACAUCUGUGGAUUUGCUGCCAGUGAAUUUCAACAGAUGCACAUGAAUUUUGUUAAAAUCAAUAACCCCAAGAAACAUCUGGAAAAGUCUAAACCACAGUACUGUUCUGACUUCAUAGAUCUUUACCACGAGAAAGAUCAGUGCCAAAAGAAAGCUGAAGAAUUCACUGAGCGUUGCCUUGAACCUGCAGUGAGGGAGUAUGUUGUUAAGACCCUUGGCAUAGACAUUGCUGAUGAAAUGCUCACUGGGAAGCACUCUGUGAAAUACAGCACCCGCUCAUUUUUCCAGUAUUCCAUUUUGAAGCAGCUGCUGGAUGAGAAGAAUUUUGAAAACUAUGUGGCUUACAUCAUAAACUAUGAGGAUUUUGUCAAGAAGUGGAUAUCUGAGUGUAUUGUAGAGCAGUUUUCAAAAGAUAACGCCCUUUCAGAUUUAGAAGUGAAACGUCUUAAGUCAAUAACGAAGAAAAUACAAGCAGCUAUUGAAAAAGAAAAAAAAGUGGAGACACAUGGUAUCAAAACCAUAUCAAUGUUUAUUAAAAACAUCUGCAGUAUUCUAAACAAUGAUGUUGUGAUUUCCACAGACGAGCUUGGAUUAAAACUCAUCCCGGAUAAAGCGAGCACAGAGGAGUUCAUCGGGCAUCUUCAAUAUUAUGUUGAACAAAUGAUGAACUCUCUAAGUGCUAAAUUUUCUCAAGAAUUGAAUAUUGAGGAGAAACUUAUCAGUCUACCCUUCAACCCACAGGACGAGCUGUUCAAGAGGGUGUUUGGAUGUGGAAAGCUGUGUCCAUUCUGUAAGGUCCCCUGUGAAGCAGGAGGCAAGGCGCACAGCAAACAUCACGCAUCAGUGCAUCGCCCCCAAGGGCUGGGGAGAUACAGAAAAUUAACCAACAACAAGCUAGUUGAGAAUGUGUGCACCUCUGAUGUAUUCAGUGAAAGGCGAUUUCGUAAUGCAGACACAGAGGGGAAGUUUCAUCCCUAUAAAGACUAUCAUAAAUUCUACCCUGACUGGAACAUUGCCCCAGAUACCAGUAUUGAAGCCUCUGACUACUGGAAGUACGUGCUGACUACAUUUAAUGAAGACUUUGCAGAGGAAUAUAGUGCAAAGCCUGCUAAUGUCCCUGAGGAAUGGAAGAACAUAACAUAUAAACAAGCAAUGAAGAGCUUAAAUGAGUUGUUUAAUGUGAGCAGUUAGGCUGAAGUUGUAAAGGUCAUGCUAAAAUCAAACCUAAUGAUCUGAUGGGGCAGAAAGUGAAUCAAGUGGCAACAGUAAGAACACUCAGUUCUCUGUGUUAAUGUCUCUUUUUCUAAAGGAGUGUUUUGAAAACAGACUUCUUGAGAUUAUCUCAAGUUGUAUCUGUAAAAAAAUUCCUUUCAGAGACAAAAUCAACAUUAUUGGUGAUGCCUGUAGAUUAUGUUUUCAACAGUAUAUUUUUCAACGUCACCAACUUUUCUCCUGUGGCCUUGGAUUUUAAAACAAGACAAGUUAAAGUAUUUGCUGUCAUUACAUAGAUUGUUAUACAUCAGCUGUGCCUCCUAGUUUAAUUUAGUUAAUAAAACAAACUUUGUAUCUCUGUACACUCUGAUAAAAUAAAAUAAAACUUCUGCACGCAAACAAAAAUAUAAUUACAAAUACAAUUUGUAAGCCUCUACAUAUUUUACUAGUAUUAAUUGUGCCUUAAUAUUCCUGACCUGCUUAUAAUGACUAUAUCAAUAUCUUCUUGAAGAAUCUUUUUUUCUUUACAGUAAUGUAAAUGUAAUUUAAGUAUAUGGUGAUUUUAAAAAGUUAUACAAUAAUGUAAACAUAUCAUACAAUGAUUUCGCUUUGGGUUAUUUGUUGGAAAUAAUGAUGAAUAAAAAUGGGGUCUUGUAUUUUAGAUUUUUGAUUUAAUAGGAAAUUUGAUUUAAUAUGCUGUUUAAUUAUGGCAGCUAUUUGCAUAGAGAAAACAAUACAAGUGAAAUGCAUUAAUCUGCUAAUGAUUAAUUAUGAUAGUACCUUACACACACUUGUGGUUCAUGGGUCCUAUGUGAUGACAUUGUUCAUUUUUGUGUAAACUGAAUCAUUAGUUAAACCUUGUUUCUGUGCUGCCUGCUUGCCUUCACACCUGUUUUCAAAUUUAUUCAAAUAUACUGAAUUAAAAAUAAACUUUACUUAA